AUGGAGCGCUGGGUCUACGGCUCGCUCUGGCUCCUCUUCGCGGGCAGCCUCCUCCUGCGCCUCUCCCGCUCCCAGCUGCUCCUGACUCGGGCCCUGCUGCACCUGGGGCUGCUGGUCCUGCUGCAGUACCUGUGCCAGGUGUGCCUGCCUCUGCCACUCGGCGCCACGCUCACCGCCGCUGGCUGCUUGGCCCUGGGAUGCGUGGCCCAGAGGCGAAGGCUCCCCGUGGUGGGGAAAGCCGUCUUCAUCACAGGGUGUGAUUCCGGGUUUGGAAAGCAGGCUGCGCACCACUUGGAUUCCAUGGGCUUUAAGGUGUUCGCGAGCGUGCUGGACCUGGAGAGCGCUGGUGCCCAGGAGCUCCGGCAGCGCUGCUCGCCAAGCCUCACGCUGCUGCAGAUGGACCUGACCAAGCCGGAAGAUAUCCGGAAAGCCCAGCAGCUCGUCCAGCCCCAGACGGCGAGCACAGGGCUCUGGGGUUUGGUGAACAACGCGGGCUUCGACGACACCAUCGCUGACGCCGAGCUCUCCCCGCUCUGCAAAUUCCGCACCUGCAUGGACGUGAACUUCUUCGGCACACUUGAGCUCACCAAGGCACUGCUGCCCCUGCUCCGCUCCGCCCGGGGCAGGAUUGUGACCGUCAGCAGCCCGGCAGGCGACAUGCCAUACCCUUGUUUAGCAGCGUACGGGGCCUCGAAAGCUGCCCUCACCCUCCUCAUGGACACGUUCCGAAGCGAGCUGGAGCCCUGGGGGGUCAAAGUGAGCGUGAUCCUACCCGGCUACUUCAAAACUGGUACGAGUUGCGACCAUGCCUACUGGCAUGAGAAGAAGGAGCAGCUCCUGGCCAGCCUGCCCGCUGACCUGCUGCAGGCCUACGGGGAGGACUACAUCCAUGAGAUCAACAAGCAGUUUGUGAAAUUCAUGAAGACUGCAAAUGAGGAUUUGAGUUCAGUGGUGAACAGCAUCACCGACGCCCUCAUCUCCGCCAGUCCAGCGGCACGCUAUUACCCGGGGGCCGGCAUGUGGCUCAUUUACUUCAUCCACCACUAUCUGCCCUCUGUCAUCAGAGACCUCUUCCUUAAAACUUUCUUCAUUAACCAAAAACUGCCCCGGGCCCUGCAGCCCAAGCACCAGAAUGGCCUCAAGCACGACUGACCCUCGCCCGCAGGCUGGGGCAGGAGAGCGCCUGGAGCUAUUAGGGGCAGGGUGGAGGGAGUCUUCUCACUUUAUAGUCCUAGGCACAAACCUAGGUAAAACCGAGAGCGCGUGUGUAUGGCACGACCCAGCCGCCACGGUGUUUUUGGGGGCCAGGCAGGGAUAAUCAGCACACUCAGAAACCAGAUUGCUUUCUCUGAAUCAAACGGCUGCAGAUCUAUUUCCUACUGUGUAAGAAUCAAAGUGUGCUAGAGACCUUGGUUUGCAUUAUUCUUCUAACUGCGGGUGUGUCUCAUGACAAGGCCGCUGGCGCUACGCGGAAUAACAGCUGGGUCAUCAGCCCCUCACCAUGGCUUGUACCUCAGUGAUUUUUCUCAGCUAAGUGAAUUUUUCUUUGCUGCUGCUGGGAUGUGUGUGUUAAUCUCUCCGCUGGCUCUUGACUGGCUCAAGAGCAGUGGUUUUUUUCUUGUCAAUGGAUCAAACCCGUGUCUGCCUCUCGGCGCAGCUUUUCACACUCCAGCCCAGGAGCCGGCGCUCCUGGACGUCACCCGGGACUGUGGUGGCCGAGUCUCGAGCAGAUGCUCUACAGAUCUUUUCACAGGAUGAAUUAUGUGAUUGUCACUUUUUAAAUAAACUGGUUAUUUGUAUUUCAGCUAAAUCCUUGAGGCCUCAAUCUCUCUGGGUGGGAGGCGGUGGGGCCUCCCAGGAGAAGGCCAUGCCCAGAGGUGUUGGAAACAGUCAUUAAAUCCAUCCCCCAGCCAAUGCAGGAUUGGGCCCUACCAGACUUGGCAGGGGGAGGAAAGUCUUUGGGUGAUGGCAGCCCUGCAGGGGUGCAGCUGUUUUCUGGACUGUUGUGUGUGUCGGGUUCUUUGUGGGGGUGUUAGUGUGUGGCUGGCGCUGUGAUUGUUGUGUUGAUGUUCUGGGGUUUGGCACAUCCAGCCGUAUGUUGGUCUGGCGGCCAGGGCAGUGAUUGUGGGGGGUAGGGGCAGUAUGCAGGGGUGGUUGUGGUUAGGUUUGUGGGUGCUGUGGGAUGCGUUGCAGCAGGGGCAGGCAGGCGAGUGCCCAUUUAGCCAGGGAGAUGGAACAGUUGGCUCUGCCAAGCCAUCUCCAGGACACUUGCACAUGGCAUUGGCAUGUGAUGGCACAUGUGCCCAAGUGCUAUUGGGGGUGUGAGAUGGGCUUUGUGGGAUGCACAGGCCCCCCACUGACAGGAUAGGGAGCUUGUGAGGUGGGUGGCAGGCUGCAGCCUGAGCACAGCUGGGACAACCCAGCCCCUCUCCCUGAGACACGGGGUGAUGGGUUCAGCCCCGCUGCGGUACACACUGCAGUGGCAGGGAGGAGAAACUCCUGUUUCAGCACCUGUUCCCAUCCCAGGUCCACCCUCCAGCACCUCCUGCUGCACAGCUCACCUCCUCCUGUGGGGUGAGGUCAAGCAAACUCAGUAACAGGCACCGUCAGCCCCCCACGGUCCUGGGACCUUUGCUGUCCUCGCUGCCCCUAGUCCUAGGGCAACUGCAGGCUGCCCCCCACCCAUGGCAGCAGUUCCCAUUCCGCCCAGUGGCACGGCUCAUGCAGGGACUGGCGCUGGCUGGGCUAGGAGCUCUGGGACAACUCCAGGGCCCCAGCUCCCUUCCAUCCUCUGACUGGGGCAGGGCACAGCCCCAGAGCUGCCUGGGGAAAGCAGAAUGGCUCUGGGCCAGGCUGAUCACUCUGGAGAGCAGAACUGGUUCCCAUGCCCAGCUCUGCCCUCCUGUUGCUUACAGCCAAGGCCAUAGGGCAGAGCCUUGUUUGUCCCUCUCCCCAGGCCCAGCCCCUCAUUUAUACGCCCCACACAGUCUGUGAGGAAGGGCUUGAUUUGGCUAAGCCGUGAUGCACCAGAGUACUAGAGCCACCGUGCCAGGCUGGUACCCCCACAUACCCUCCGCCUCAUGCCCCUGCUCUGUGCAAGUCACUCACUACAGCUGGGCUCUUUGGGACAGGGCUUACAGGCAGUGCAGCUAAGCCGGCAUACAGGGCCUGCAACAGGGGCAGCUGCCUGGGCUCCAACCCUACCUGCAGUAUGUGUGAAUAUAGAGUGAGGGGGCUGGCUGGGCACAGGACCACCCCGGUGCCUGGGUCUAGGCCUGCAGCCCCAACAAAGGGUCCAUCUCUCACACUGAACUGUGAGCCCGGUGGGCUGAGCUUAGGAGCAGGGGCUGGUCUAGGACAUUCAGUGCAUGUUACUUGCUGGAGCGACAUCCCAGGGGGCAUGAGGACAUGCUUUGCCCAGAACAGCCGCAGGGCCACCCCCAUGGCUGUGGGGCUUUACACUCAGCUUGGCCACCUGUCUCCUCUCCCUGCUACACAAGGGGCCCUCAUGCCUUUGUUCCUGCAGCUGGGCUGGGAGCACUCAGGUUUUGCCUCCUGUUACCCAGGGCCAGGCCCCAGGGCAAAUGCUUCCAAGCCUGAAGCAAACAUGUCCCCGUCCUGAGCUGUGCACACCCAGCACAGCCUGCUCUUUGGGGCGGGGGGCAGAGUGGCACAGGUGGUGGAGGUACUGCCAUGAGUGACAUGCUGCUCUCGUGACAGGGGCUCAGGCAUGACCCCAAGGCAAACGCCAGGGAGCUGCUGCCCCAUGUGUGCGGGUGCCCCCACAGUGGUCUCUGAC